CUCCUAUAAAAAAUCUCUAAAAUACUCCAAAGACAUAUUUUUUGUUGUAAAAAAUGUGUAAAUUAAAGUAAGAAUCCACAGAAAGAAAAAAAAACAAAUAAAAAUGACCAAAUCCAAGUCCCCAAGCAUUUUAAAAAACAAAUAUCAAUCCAAGCAAAAGCAUAAAAGCAAACACAUUACAGCAUCGUAAGCCAACCACUCUUAAACUAAAAGUUGUCUUUCUAAUCAAAAGCCAAAUAAUAGAAAGAGUAUGGAAGAAGAUGAUGGAGACGCGUCUACGCCGUUUUGGCUUCAAUCACGCCGCAAUAACACUUACUUCCGCCGCACUGCAAGUCUCGGUGGCCGUACAACCACCAUCGCCACUCAAAUAUUCUUCGCCGGAACAGCUGCAAUCCUCAUAGUCGUCUUCAUUAUCCCUCCUUUCUUCUCCUCUGUUUCUCAGAUUUUCCGACCUCAUUUAGUCCGUAAAAGCUGGGAUUAUCUCAACUUCGUUCUCGUCCUUUUCGCCGUCCUUUGCGGCUUCCUCAGCCGCAACACCAAUAAUGACGAAUCCAAUCAUCACAAAGAAGAAGACAUUCGUAACAAAUUCUCGACUUCACCAUCGAUUAUUGAUCGAAGAAGUCGUGUAUCUAACAGUGGUACAACGCCGCGUUAUUGGAACGAUGAUCGCGGUGGUGGCGGCGGUGAUCAAACGGUGUACAAGAGGUUUAGUAGAUUACGAAGUGUUAGCUCGUAUCCAGAUCUGAGGCUCCGGGAAUACGAAGCCGAUGAACGGUGGAGAUUCUACGAUGAUACACGUGUAAGUCAAUGCCGUUAUGAAGAUGUAGAUCCGAUCUAUCCAAAUCAAAGUUACAGAAACUGGCAUGAGGAAGGUAAACCACCGCCGGAAGAUGUAGAUCAAACAGAGGACGGUGAUAAUGGAGAAGGAAGUAAGGUCCGUAACGGCGGUUCGGAAACUGAGAAAGUUGAGGUGGUUGCGACGGCGGAAGCUGAAGUAGUAGAAGAGCUAAAAGUGCCUUCUGCUCCGCCGUAUAUUCCGUCUCCUCCGCCGUCUCCGCCACGUCCUCCACCAGCGAAGCAAGCGAAGAGAAAGACUAAUAGAGUGUACCAAGAUGUUUCUCCACAGGAAGAGAAGAAAGAAAGAGAUGAUUUUGUAGCGACGACGACGCCGAUUCCACCUCCGGCGACUGUGUAUCAAAAGAGCAAUAAACAGGAGAAGAAGAAAGGAGGAGCAACGAAAGACUUUCUGAUUGCGUUACGGAGAAAGAAGAAGAAGCAGAGACAACAGAGCAUCGAUGGCCUCGAUCUCCUCUUCGGCUCCGAUCCUCCAUUGGUCUAUUCACCACCACCGCCGCCGCCUCCUCCACCACCUUUCUUCCAAGGGCUUUUCUCAUCCAAAAAAGGUAAAAGCAAAAAAAACAAUUCAAAUCCACCGCCUCCUCCUCCUCCACCACCACCUGAACGGAGAUAUGAAUCACGCGCAUCAACCUCGAAGCUCCGAAAAGCUCCGGUGGAAUCACGGACAUCCAAACCAAAUCCGCCAGCUAAAGUAACUCAAUACGUAGGCACAGGAAGCGAAUCACCACUAAUGCCGAUCCCGCCGCCGCCUCCUCCUCCGCCGUUUAAAAUGCCGGCUUGGAAAUUCGUGAAGCGUGGAGAUUACGUCAGGAUGGCUAGUGACAUCAGCAUAAGCUCCGACGAACCUGAUGAUCCGGAUGUAGCUCAAUCAGCUGGAAGUAAGGAGGCCGCCGGGAGUAUGUUCUGUCCGAGCCCCGACGUAGAUACCAAAGCCGAUGAUUUCAUCGCAAGAUUCAGAGCCGGACUCAAAUUGGAGAAGAUGAACUCUGUGAAAAGAGGGAGAUCCAAUUUAGGACCCGAACCCGGACUUCAUGAAUCCGGAUCUUCAACGGGUUAUAGGCCCAGCCCAAGCGUAUAGAGGCUAUUUCUUUUAGAUUUUGGAUUUUUGGAUUACUACUGUGUUGGUUUUUUUUACCUUACUUUUGUUUAGACUUUCUUAUACGUAAUUUUGUGGUGUAUACAAUUCCUAGUAUCCGUUUUUACAGUUUUUAGCCCAUCUUGGGAUGAACCAAAAAAAAUCUCUAUACAACUAGUUUUUCUUGUAAUACUCUCCAUUUUUAUUUUAUUUUGAACUAUGUUUGGAUGGAGAACUUAUAGCUUUGAAAAAUAUAUUCAAUAUUUUUA